AUGCAUCAAGCAGCACAGCCUUGCCUUUUCAAUGAAUUCAAUGAACAGCAUCGGGAUGUUCCGAGGAGCAGGCUCACAACUACGAGUAGCGAAGAAACUCAACUAACAAAAACAAACCCAAUGAACGCAAUGAACAACCAUACGCAAGAUGCCACGGAAUCAGCGGAUUCAAUGAAACACCAUGAGGAUCAUCAGACUCUUUCACAACAAAAGAAAAAAAGAAAACAAGUAGAAAUGGUGUUCAUGAAUCAAUCCGUCAUUUACAACGCGGAAGGUAAAAAACAAAGAAAUAAGACUAUCUAUUCUUUGGAUCAUCCGAAGGUAUUGGAACGAAAAGAUCAAAUAUUACCUUUCAAAGUUUCAGUGGGUCAAACGGUUCAUGUCAGUCUUCGAGAAUAUAAAUCAGAGAAGAAUAUUUCUCAUUUUGAUAAGAUUACAGUCGAGCACUUGGGUUAUACCAAUGUAAAUAAUAUGGACGCUUCUAAAACUACUGCCAUUGACUUUGUCAAUGUUGUGGCAUUUAAGAGAAAAUCAAACGAUUCGAGAAUAUUGUGGAUUUAUGAACAAGUUCUGUUGGAUCAAAUAGAGGGUACGACCUUGCUGAAUUGUUCAUCUCUGAAAAGAAAAUUAGAUUCCAUGAACGAGAGCGAUGAUGAGGCAACGAGUGAGGAUCGCAUGAGUGCACGAAGCAGUAAUCAUGACGAAGAAUCAACAUACUCAUCUCAUAAUUUGCAAGUCAUGGCUGCCAAUCCACUAUCGUCGCUAUUGAUGUCAAACCAUCAACAGCAACAACAGAUGUGCAUGCAUCAAGAAGAAUAUGGUAAAAAGACCAAGGUUGAAUCACAACCUGGUCAUGUGAAUUUACUUUCGAUAGAUCCCGAAGACGCUCCUGCCAAAAAACCAACCCUAUUCCAACUUUCGAUUCAAAUUUCAGAAAGUCAGCCCUAUCACUUAUUUCAUCCUCUAAUCAAACAAUUUUCCAUCGAUUUCAUUGCACUUCAUGAGAAUGUAGCAUUUCAAGCUGGAGUCAUUAACGUUCAGCCAGUUUUUUCAUAUGAAAAUAUGGCCAAUAAUACAAUAAUGACCAAAGAUUUUAUAAUUUAUGGCAAGACGCCUCUGAUCAACAACUAUGAUAAUAUUAACACGUUCGUCAAGCUCACCAUCGACAAUCAAAUAUUUUUCACACGACAGGAUCAGAGCUAUUUGAAUUUCUACUUCUAUGGAGAGGAUAAAAGAAUGAAGAGCGUUCAAAUUAUUCAAAAUCCAAACAAGACAUCGGAAGGCCAACAACACUCCUCUGCCACAACUACACAAUCAAGCAGCAAUCGUGCACAUCAAGAAAAUCCAACUGUGAAUGACCUUGUGCUUUUUGAAUUUGAUGGAAAUGAAUUUUUAUUUGAGAGCGACUUGAAUCAUUGCAACAGCUGCUUGUUAAUGUAUGAUAGAUUUGAGAGACUUUCACGACAAGUGGGCUGUGAAGAAGCUGUUAAAACUCUACUUCACAUUCAGGAUGCUUUUGGAUUUACUCUUGUCAUGCAUUUUGCAGCAAGAGACAUGGCAGACGAGCUCAAACUUUGUAUCGAUUGGAAGGCCAAUAUCCAUCAAAAAGACAUGAUGGGAAGAAAUGCAAUGUUUUGGGCGUCACAUUUCAAAGCAGAGAAUGCUCAUGCAUUGUUAGCCAAGCACAUUGAGCGACAGAAUGCCCAGAGAGAUGUCAACCAAAUCGUUCUCUCAAACCAAAUUCGACGUGGACUCUACACUGCAUCAUCACGAAUGGAGAAGCAUAUGAAAUUUUAA